AUGACCCGAGGCUUCGCUCCCGUCCUGCCUGUCGAGUUCCACAAGAUGGGCUCUUUCCGCAGGCCUCGACCGCGCUUUAUGAGCUCCCCAGUGCUCAGCGACCUGCCCCGAUUCCAGGCCACCCGGCAGGCUCUGCAGCUGAGCUCCAGCUCAGCCUGGAACAGCGUCCAGACUGCUGUGAUCAACGUCUUCAAAGGGGGCGGCUUACAAAGCAAUGAGCUUUAUGCACUGAAUGAAAACAUCAGGCGGCUGCUGAAGAGUGAACUUGGAUCAUUCAUUACAGACUAUUUCCAGAACCAGCUUCUUGCAAAAGGACUGCUCUUUGUGGAGGAGAAGAUCAAGCUGUGUGAAGGUGAAAAUCGCAUUGAGGUUCUGGCUGAAGUCUGGGACCACUUCUUCACUGAGACUCUCCCCACUCUCCAGGCAAUAUUUUAUCCAGUUCAGGGGCAGGAACUCACCAUUCGCCAGAUCUCCCUACUGGGCUUCCGAGACCUGGUCCUGCUGAAGGUGAAACUGGGUGACUUGCUGCUGCUGGCCCAGUCCAAGCUGCCCUCGUCUAUUGUCCAGAUGUUGCUCAUCCUGCAGAGUGUUCACGAGCCCACAGGCCCAAGUGAGGGUUAUUUGCAGCUGGAGGAGCUGGUGAAGCAAGUGGUUUCUCCUUUCCUCGGCAUCAGCGGGGACCGCGGCUUCUCAGGCCCCACGUACACGCUGGCCAGGCGGCACUCCAGGGUCCGGCCCAAGGUGACACUCCAGAACUAUGCUUCCCCGAUGACGACGGUCAGCCGGCCACUAAAUGAGAUGGCCCUGACACCGCUGACGGAGCAGGAGGGGGAGGCCUACCUGGAGAAGUGUGGCAGCAUCCGGCGGCACACAGUGGCCAAUGCCCACUCGGACAUCCACCUGCUGGCCAUGGCCACCAUUAUGCACUCGGGCUUGGGAGAGGAGGCUGGCAGUGAGGACAAGUGCCUGCUCCUGCCGCCCAGCUUCUCCCCGCCCCACCGGCAGUGCUCCAGUGAGCCCAACAUCACUGACAGCCCCGAGGAACUGGAGGAGGUGGCAGGGGGCAGCCGGCGGGGCUCAGAGCUGAACUGUACAUCCCUCAGCUGA